UGUGCCGUCAGCUGCGGAGCGUUGAUAGCUGGCGGGGUUACUCCCCGCGCAUGACCAGCAUUUGCCGGGGUAUCUCGCUGCUUGUGUGUUUUGGAAAGCCGCCGAAACACAGUCCGCGUCAAUUUCGGCGUCCCGCUCUCGGCGGAAUUCUGUUUCACUCCCUAACAGUUGCUAAGUUCCGUCUGUGUGAUAUUACGUGCGUUCCUGCUGCCCAGCUCGUGCGUAGAUGGGCAUAUCGGUGCUUCCCUGAGCGGGUAGUCAUUUGUUAAAACGCCAUGAAAGGAAGUUGCGGGGUUUCGGAUCCAUCAAUUCGGCGAUGAUCAACGGAUUCCAGUUCUUUUUC